CCUAGGUAGGGGAGGGUGCAUAGGUCAUAGGAAGGCUUUGAGCCUGUGUGAACAUUUUCUCCACGUGGGACAGAUGAACACCCAGAGGCCUCACUCGUUUUUAUGCCUCCACUCUUCCCCCCCCUUAUUACUUACCAACCCUCUCAGGUGUUUGGUCCCACAUGACCUGAAUACCAGUUUAAAGAGAAGGGUGCUGUUGAUAAAGGUGCUUGCUACCAGCUAUGGUAACUUGGGUCUGAUCCCCAGAACCUCGCAAGUCGUCGUCCGACGUCUGCAUGAAUGCUCACAUACACAGAAAUAAGUAAAUCUAAGAGGAGAGCAACAAAGACUCCACCUACCCCAUUACACACCAAUCCUCUGAGGGCUGAAGGCAUUCUCCCCUAAGUCCUUUUGCUCUUCAAGAGGGAAGUCAGGCUUCCAGCCAAGCAAACUGGGACACUGGGGCCCUCUGGUGGCCACACUGGCUUUUUAAGUGCCAAGAGAUGUGGCUGCUCCGCCCCUUAACAGCAGGAGCCAAUGGGAACUUUGGUUCCCGCCCCUGAGCUGUCAUUUCCUAGCUAGUACUUAGAAUCCAGUCAGAAAGCUCUUGGAGAAGCUAGAAGAAGGGCUGCGGGCCCCACCUCACAACCCAGACCAGAAGAGCAGGAGAAGCCGGCUGGGCAGGGGGAGCCAGCAUUGUGCCUCUCGAGCCAUGGGCCAUAGGGAACCACAAUCCGCAGGCCUGUGCAGAAGUAGGUGAGUCUUGGAGCUGUUGACCUGCACUGAGCUGUCCCCAUAUCUUCCCUGGUGGCCACUGGCAUGGCCUGGCUGGUGCUAUCAGGUAUACUACUGUGCAUGUUGGGUGCUGGACUGGGCACUUCAGACUUGGAGGAUGUUCUGCCUCCUGCUCCCCACAACUGCCCUGAUAUAUGCAUCUGUGCUGCCGAUGUGUUGAGCUGUGCGGGCCAUGGGUUACAGGACCUGCCGGUAGCGCUGCCUACCACUGCUGCAGAACUCGAUUUGAGCCACAAUGCACUCAAACGCCUGCACCCAGGGUGGUUAGCGCCCCUCUCCCGGCUGCGUGCCUUGCACCUAGGCUAUAAUAAGCUGGAAGUCCUGAGCCAUGGUGCGUUCACCAAUGCCAGUGGCCUGAGGACACUUGACUUGUCCUCUAAUAUGUUGAGGAUACUCCAUACCCAUGACCUGGAUGGCCUGGAGGAGCUGGAGAAGUUACUUCUGUUCAAUAACAGCCUGAUGCACUUGGACCUGGAUGCCUUCCAGGGCCUGCGCAUGCUUAGCCACCUCUAUCUCAGCUGCAACGAGCUCUCCUCUUUCUCUUUCAACCACUUGCACGGUCUGGGGUUAACCCGCCUGCGGACUCUGGACCUCUCCUCCAACUGGCUGAAACAUAUCUCCAUCCCUGAGUUGGCUGCACUGCCAACUUAUCUCAAGAACAGGCUCUACCUGCACAACAACCCACUGCCCUGUGACUGCAGCCUCUACCACCUGCUCCGGCGCUGGCACCAGCGGGGCCUGAGUGCCCUGCGUGAUUUUGAACGCGAGUACACAUGCUUGAUCUUUAAGGUGUCAGAGUCCCGAGUGCGCUUCUUUGAGCACAGCCGGGUCUUCAAGAACUGCUCUGUGGCUGCAGCUCCAGGCUUAGAGCUGCCUGAAGAGCAGCUGCACACGCAGGUGGGCCAGUCCCUGAGGCUCUUCUGCAAUACCAGUGUGCCUGCCACUCGGGUGGCCUGGGUCUCCCCGAAGAAUGAGCUGCUUGUGGCGCCAGCCUCUCAGGAUGGCAGCAUCGCUGUGUUGGCUGAUGGCAGCUUAGCCAUAGGCAGGGUGCAAGAGCAGCACGCAGGCGUCUUUGUGUGCCUGGCCAGUGGACCCCGCCUGCACCACAACCAGACGCUUGAGUACAAUGUGAGUGUGCAAAAGGCUCGCCCUGAGCCAGAGGCUUUCAACACAGGCUUCACCACCCUGCUGGGCUGUAUUGUGGGCCUGGUGCUGGUGUUGCUCUACUUGUUUGCACCACCCUGUCGUGGCUGCUGUCACUGCUGUCAGCGGGCCUGCCGCAACCGUUGCUGGCCCCGGGCAUCCAGUCCACUCCAGGAGCUGAGCGCACAGUCCUCCAUGCUCAGCACUACACCGCCAGAUGCACCCAGCCGCAAGGCCAGUGUCCACAAGCAUGUGGUCUUCCUGGAGCCGGGCAAGAAGGGCCUCAAUGGCCGUGUGCAGCUCGCAGUAGCUGAAGACUUCGAUCUGUGCAACCCCAUGGGCUUGCAACUCAAGGCUGGCUCUGAAUCAGCCAGUUCCACGGGCUCAGAGGGUCUCGUGAUGAGCUAGACUGCCUGAGAUCACCUGCUGCUUGCCCUGUUUGCUGCUGCAGUCUAAAGAACUGACCCGCUGGUGGGGCGUGCUGUGCCUGGUCCUACAACUGCAUGUGAGCCUUGAUCCUACUGUAACAGUUCUAACACUGGUAAAGGGCUUGAGACCCCCUCACUUGCUUCCUGCUCUGCCUAGCUCAGGACAAGGCUUCAGACUACUAGAGCCUGCUUCCCCUAGGACCACAGAGUGACCAAAUGUCCCAUUAACAUUACAGACUAAGCCAAUCUGGUAAAAGCCCUUGCAUCAGAGUCCCGGGACCACCCCCAGGAGUAAAUGCAGAUAUCAGGGUGUGGUAUAGAAGAGUCAAGCAUACCACACUUUCCCCUCCCUGCCCGGAAGGGAGCCGGCAGCUCAGACGAUCCAGCUCCCACUCUGAGAUAGGAGGAGGAAAUGAGCCCUCCCUGUACUGAAAGAACCCAGUCUGCUGCCACCCAGCCUCCUGAAAGCUUUGUAACUCCUGUGGAGUCUGGUGGGCAUGCACACUACAGGACCCUCCUGCAGAGUAGCCCUGCUGUCUUCAGCUACAGGCAGACCCAAUCCCUAAGGCUCACAACCCAGCAGGAAAAAUCAUAGAUAGGUGACUAACCUGGGACUCUUGUCUUUGGAGAGCAGGAGGCCUCUCAAGAGCUGGCACUCAUCUCAACCUAAUGGCUAAACAGAGCCCUCAGUUCAUGCGCCCUGCACUCCCACUGGGGUGGGUGUGGAAGACGGUCAGUGCCUGCCCAAUGAUGAGUUGGCAGCACUGUGCUAUCCUUGCUGACUACUAUGACAUUUUGUAAUAAAAGUGGUACAUGGCCAUCGCUGGGCCUUCCCAGAUGGA